AUGUAUAUCACAGACUUUGAGUUUACAGGUAAAGUUCAAUCUAUUGUCCUUGAUCCUGGAGAAUAUCUUCUUGAAUGUUGGGGAGCAAGUGGAGGUGGACGCGAAUUUGUAUCACCUUCGCUAUACAAUGAGAAUGGCAUGGGUCUUGCCGGCCGAGGCGGGUAUUCCAGAGGCAAGAUUUCAAUUUCAUCAUCCAUUAAAAUGUAUGUUUAUGUAGGUGGUAUGGGAGCCAAUCCUAUUUCAACUACAAAAACCUAUUUAUUAGGAGGCUUUAAUGGAGGUGGAUCAUCAUGGUAUGUCAAUACAGGUGCCCCGGGUUCGAGCGGGGGUGGGGCAACAGAUAUGAGAGUUGCAAACAAUGAUUUACAUAGUAGAAUCAUAGUUGCAGGAGGUGGAGGUGAUGAUUUUCCCGAUAAUGGCGGUUUUGGCGGCGGUUUGACAGGCGGACAAGGUUCUGGUUCAAAUUCAGCAUCACCAGGAAAUCAAGAUGGGACUUAUCCAACGGGAAAAGGCGGAAUAUUUGGACAAGGCGCUCAUUCUAAUCGUAUAGGAGGCGGACAAGGAGGUGGGUGGUAUGGAGGAAGUGCUUUUGAUGGCCAACCAACACCAUAUCAAUCAUCUACUGGUACUGAACUUGCUUUAGAUGGUGGUUCUGGUGGAAGCGGAUAUGUAUUCAAUGAAUCAACACAAAUAUAUUACCCAGAACCAAAACCCGAUUCAGAUUAUUUAUUAACCGACUCUGAUACAAUUGCAGGCAAUGCUGAUUUCAAAGCUCCUAACGGUACUAUAACAAAAGGAAAUUUGGGAAACGGUUAUGCAAGAAUUACUACUUUACAACUAUUCAAUACCAUUGAAAUUGACGGAGUAAUAUAUGGAAAACUCAAUGAUCAUGGUAGUGUUAUUUCAUAUAAUAGCGAUCUAUGUAACUCAGAUAUUGUCAUUAAAAGCUUUGUUAGUGAUUUUAAGGUGAUAAAAAUUGCUCAAAAAGCUUUUAUUAAUAACCUAUGUUUACAAAAAGUCGUCAUUCCUAAUUCAAUAAUUUACAUUCUAGAUUCUGCAUUUUUUGGUUGCGAGAAUCUGGAAAAAGUUAUAAUUUCGUCGAAGAGCCAAUUAAGUUUCAUCGAUAAGCUUUCAUUUUCGAGGACAAAGAUAUCCAAUAUUUCUUUACCUUAUUCAAUUUCUACUAUAAAUUCCCUUGCAUUUUCUGAUUCGCAAUAUCUUGAAAAUGUUUCCACUUGUUCAAUUGCUUAUAUUCAACAAAAUGACGUAUUUGCAUCUUGUCCAAAGCUAUCAAAUAUAUUUGUCAGCGAAUUUUAUCUUUAUUCAACUUUUUGUUGGAUUCAUGUUGAUAAAGUUUUAACUAUUUGUCCUAUGUUUUCCAUUCAAAAUAUUUGUAUGCAAAAUUGCACGAAUGCUGCAGAAGAUCCUAUAGAUGCCAAAUAUUUCAUUACUCUUUUGAUUACUUCGCGCAGAUAA